AUGGUCAACCUGAACGCUGUUGCACCGGGAGGUGGCAGGGAAUACUAUGUGGCACUGGGUCUCGAGGGCUCGGCGAACAAGCUUGGCGUGGGCGUCGUGAAGCAUCCAGUGGUGGGAAAGCACGAAGGUGGCGACUUCUCGUACGACUGCGAGUCGCAGAUACUGUCGAACGUGCGAGACACGUACAUUACGCCGGCCGGCGAGGGAUUCCUGCCGCGCGAUACCGCGAGACAUCACAAGAACUGGUGUGUCAGGCUGAUCAAGCAGGCGUUGGAGGAGGCGGGCAUACAGAACGCGGCCAAGGACCUCGACGUGAUAUGUUUCACCAAGGGACCUGGCAUGGGCGCGCCGUUGCAUUCAGUGGUGGUGGCGGCGAGGACGUGUUCUCUGCUCUGGGGGGUUCCGCUGGUCGGUGUGAAUCACUGCGUGGGGCACAUCGAAAUGGGCCGGGAGAUAACGAAGGCGGUCGAUCCGGUGGUACUGUACGUCAGUGGAGGGAACACCCAGGUGAUUGCGUACUCGGAGAAGCGGUACCGGAUAUUCGGGGAGACGCUUGACAUCGCCAUAGGCAACUGUCUGGACCGGUUCGCUAGAACGCUGCGGAUCUCGAACUACCCGUCGCCGGGCUACAACAUAGAGCAACUGGCACUGAACUGCAAGAAAAAGGACACGCUGCUGGAGCUGCCAUACACGGUCAAGGGGAUGGAUUUGUCGAUGAGUGGCAUACUUGCGUAUAUUGACAAUCUGGCAAAGGAUCUGUUCCGUGACAACAGAAAAAAUAGGCAGCUGUUUGAUCGCGACAGCGACGAGGCGAAGAUAUCCGUUGAAGACUUGUGUUUUGCGCUGCAGGAGAACUUGUUUGCGAUGCUUGUGGAGAUCACCGAGCGAGCAAUGGCCCAUGUGAACUCGAACCAGGUCCUGAUCGUGGGUGGUGUGGGAUGCAAUCUGAGGUUGCAAGAGAUGAUGCAGCAAAUGUGUCAAGACCGUGCGAACGGGCAGGUCCACGCAACCGACGAGCGAUUCUGUAUCGACAACGGGGUAAUGAUAGCGCACGCGGGUCUGUUACAGUACAGGAUGGGAGAUUUUGUAAAGGAUCUCUCGGAGACUGUCGUCACCCAAAAGUUCAGAACAGAUGAAGUCUAUGUAGCAUGGCGUGAGUAG